GAAAAGGAGAGCUCGGUCUACUAGGUAUCAGUGGCGAAGCGCUUUCUUGAUUGUCCAUAACAGGUUGCAUCUUAUCCAAUCCAGUAAGGUUGCAAACUCGUGGCUAGCCUAUAUACCAUGGCGCGUGAAGCGAACGGGACGACACGAACAGGAGCGACCGCAAGUUCCAGUAGUACUGGCACUGUGUCGCAGUCCCUGAACGUGCGCUUUCCGGUCAAUACAGCUUGGGAGUUUGUUUUACAAAACGAAGCCGCGCCAGUCUCAGGAACUGUGUAUUGUACAGACGAGGUCUCCCAGACCAUUGUUUUAUUGAAGUCUCUCGUUCACACCACGUUGGCGUCUGAAAUAAGAGUCGUCCACUUGAGUGGGGUCAUAAGCUCGAAGUCUAUCAAAGCUACGCCGGAGAGCGGACUGGCGCCUCUCUCGCACCCUCUCCCAAAAGUUCAAAAGAAAGCGUUAGAAGAGAGGGAGAGACGGGCCCUUCGCCUCGCAGAGGAAAGUCUGAGACACAUUAAUCAAAAGGCUACAGUGCAGGGACAAGCCGUCUUUGACCGAUUGCUAAAAGCUUGCAAUGAAGUCGUCUGGAAGGGCGAAUCAAUAAUAGUGCUGAAUCAGGUACAGGUCGAUCCUCCGUAUGGCCUCGACGAUUGCAAGACUUUACAGCAAAGUGGAAAGAAAAAGGGUGCCUUGGAGGAAGAUAGCCUGGAUCGCGUCAAAAAGAUCGUAAGCUCAGGCAUUCCGUAAAUGCAUAAAAGGAAUUUGUGGUCUUGCUCGUAGACAGACGGUCGAGUAGAGCCGUAUUUUCCUAUGUUCUGAUAAUGAUGCAUUGCUAGCCCAGAUUGUCACAGUAGUAAGAGAGCAUGAUCGUCAAAAUGAGUGGUCCGCGUCAAUUGAACAAUAUUAACGGACUUUCCAGUAGGCCCCUCGAAUUUACUAAGAGUGCUCUGUUUGUGCGCUUCGGCGUAGACAUCUAGAAUUGUGACUGAUGUGUUGGGCACGCGAAACCUCCCGUCUGCAUCAUGUGUAGCGCAAGGAUGGCCAUUCAAUCGUUCCUCCCCCAGCAUUCUCUUUAGAAAGACGCGAAGUAGCCCGGCAUGAGCGAUAACGAGAACGUUGUACGACUUCUUUCCACAAAGUUGCCCUCUGUUACGCAUUUCGUCUUCCGCAAUAGCAUCGGUUAAUACUUCAUCGAGCCAACUUGCGACGCGAAGCCAUCCGUCUUCUUCUGACUCUAGCUUUGGUAUAGGGCCUAUGUGCCCUUGCUCUUGGCGAUUUUGUACAGCCUGAUUGUAGGAAAGCGUCUUAGGGUAUCCUUGUCUCGCACCUUUGGCUAGCUCUCGUAGUCUUGUAUCUAACCGGAGCUCAGUUGCAUCGACAGCCGCACUACGAAGUAUGAUUCGAGCCGUGUCUUCUGCGCGCGCUAAGUCCGAAGAGUACAUUCGCCAAAAUGAGCAGUUUUCGCGGAACAAAUCGCUUCGACCUAGUGUCUCUGCCUGCUGCACGCCCAGCUCGGUGAGU